AUGGGUCUCCUGUCCGGCGUUCUUCUGGACAAGGGCUACUUCAGAGUAACCCUCCUCCUUGGAUCUCUCCUAUUUGUCUUCUCGCUAUUCAUGGUAUCCAUCGCCGAUCGCAGCAAAUACUACCAACUCUAUCUCGCCCAAGGUCUCGGUAUGGGCAUAGGCGGCGGGCUACUCUAUGUCCCUUCUCUAGCUGUGCAAGGUCACCACUGGCGUGCCCGCCGCUCCCUCGCUAUGGGCAUCGUCGUCUCAGGCUCAUCCUUGGGCGGCCUCAUAUUCCCGAUCAUGCUCAACAAGCUCUUCAACGGGCGCACUGGCUUUGAGUGGGGUGUGCGCGCGAGCGCCUUUCUCGUCCUCGCGCUUCUCGUUGCGAGCAACUUGCUCAUGACCUCGCGCCCGCCGGCUCGCGCGGCGAACGCACCAAACGCACACAAGAACAUGAAGGCCAUCCUAACGGACGUGCCUUACAUGCUCUUCAAUCUAUCGUCACUGCUAAACAACUGGGGCCUGUUCUUCCCGUUUUUCUACCUCCAACUGUUUGCCAUCCUCCAUGGCAUAGAUUCAAACAUCGCCUUCUACACAUUGGCGAUCAUGAACGGCGCCGCGAUCCCAGGCCGCAUUGUGCCCAACUACUUCGCGGACCGGCUAGGGCCGUUCAACUUGCUCGGGCCCGUCACGCUCGUGUGUGCUGCGCUCCUGUUCGCGCUCUUCGGUGUCAAGGACGUCGCAGGGACGAUGAUGUUCGCGAUCUUGUUCGGCUUCUUCUCUGGAGCAUAUCUGUCGUUGUGUGCGCCAUGCAUAGCCAGCUUGGCGCGCGACCCGAGCGAGAUCGGAGCUCGUUUCGGACCCGCGUACCUCAUCAGCUCCCUAGGCGCACUGACGGGAAACCCCAUCGCCGGUGCGCUCCUCGGGUUGACAUUCCCCUGGUGGAAGCCCAUCCUAUUCUGCAGCAUCUCCUCUGCCUUGGCUCUGGUGAUCAUAGUUGUCACGCGCAAUCUGGUUGCUGCGCGCAAGAAGACGCACUUGGUUUGA